CUUCCAGGAGCACAUAUAUUUAUAUUGUUGCCACUCGCCUUUCUUGUUUGUUUUUCACUUUGAAGUUUACGACUUACUCUGGGCUUCCUUUUUUCGCUCCAGUUGUUAUUGUGUGUAUUUUAUUUUAUUUGCUGUAUUAUAUAAUUCAAGGUAACUUGCCAUUGUCUAGUGGUUUCUUUUUCUUCGGUUUCUUCCCCUUUUUCUUUCCGCUUCCUCACUCUUUCUUAAGUCUUUCUCACUCUCACACUCUCGUUACAUUCAUCAUUUUAAAGAAACCCGUUUUUAAAAGAACACCUAUAGAAUAAUUGUAUGAAUCAAUCGCCUCAAUAAGCGAUGCAAUCCCAAUCUUUUCCGCUAAUACCGCCGCUAGCAGAGCAACAACAGCAAGGCGUCGAGUCGUUGAACCUGCUAUUGGAUCCUAUUUCUUUUCUGACCGAAUCAGAGAUGCAGCAAGACCUUGAUUUCUUUGCCAACACGCAGUUCUCGCACGAUGUACCGCCAGCUUCUGUCUUGGACGGUAGCUGUUGCUGGGGUAACGAUUGCCAUAGUAGUGAUAACAGCCAUGGAAACGGUAGCAAUCUGUAUUGCUAUCAUACGACCAGCAGCGCCAUCAGUCAUCACCAUAGCAACAGCGCGUUAUCGUCACCAACGGCAACGACAUUAUUCUCUGAAACAACGACCGGUCCAGAGGAUGAUUACCGCCACAGCAAGCCCAAGCAUGCUCAAGAGCAGCAACAGCACCAACCAAAGCUAACCAAAGACGAUAAACGCAAGCGCAAUACAGCUGCAAGCGCUCGCUUUAGGAUCAAGAAGAA